AUGGCCUCCCAUCCCGAACAGGACCCUGCCGCACGGCGACGACUCGGAAAGAAGAGCAUUAGAAGGCUCAAAGAAGGCCGCCGCCCGACCCUGAAUUUCCCCGACCGCUUUAAAGAUUUUGGCGAUGAUGCAGACGAAGACGUACUCCCGCCCAGCCAAGGCCCGAACCUGUUCAUGAAUAUGAACCAAUCGAUAUUCGGCCUCAUCGCCGCCGCCGGUUCGAACGUAGACUUCAACGAUCGUUUUGAAGGCCAAUCCAGCGAUGAGGCGGACGAGGAUGGUCAUCCCGACGACAACGAUACGAAGGGGAAAGCAAAAGGAAAGGGAAAGCAUCCCGAACAAGUUUCAAAGAGCGUCAUUCUCAAAAAGAGUUCAUCUAGCAAAGAGAAGAAUGCCGUCGACAAGGAGGAGAGCCGUAUAACAAAUGAGCAGCUCUUACAAUCCUUACCUCAGUUGCCACAGACCUCAACACGCAUCCUAAGCAAACGCUCAGGUUUAAGGCCCUCUCGACUCUCCAGCGCGAGUACCAAAGCCAGCCGCGAGAUGUCGACGUCUACCACGCCCGAGCUGCAAUUACCUGCCGUCGAAUCCAUCGUCGCCGAUCGUGCGGAACAAGUGGCCCCUGUUAUGAGCCGUAUGCUAGAAGCUAGAGCAGAAAUGUCUUCGCGGCCCAGUUUCGAUUUAGAAGGCCUACCGAAACACCGACAAGACGAAGUAAAUGAAACAGGACACAGCGACCUUGCCCGAAAACUGAAGGAAAUAUUUGAGUUCGAUUAUCCAGAGGAAGUUGUAAAAGAAUAUCCCUGCUGGCUAUUACAAAGUGUUCUUUUGCAGGGUUACUUGUACAUUACAUCAAGACACAUCUGUUUCUAUGCCUACUUACCACGGAAAGCUCACGAAGUUGCAAAAUCGGGGUAUCUGGCCAAGAGUGGCAAAAGAAAUCCCAAGUAUAGUCGGUAUUGGUUUCGAUUAAAGGGCGAUGUACUGGCAUAUUACCGCGAUGCAUCCAAUCUCUACUUUCCACAUGGGCAGAUUGAUCUUCGCUAUGCGAUCUCGGCGAAUGUCACCGACAAGGAUCAAGAUGCUGUUCACUUUUCAGUCGCUACACAUCACCGAACUUAUCAUUUCCGGGCCGAUAGCGCACCCAGUGCCAAAGAAUGGGUGAAAAGUCUCCAGCGCGUCAUAUUCCGCUCACACAAUGAAGGCGACAGUGUUAAGAUAUCUCUUCCCAUCGAAAAUAUAUUAGAUGUCGAAGAUAGUCAGAUGAUCGAGCUUGCUGACACUUGCAAAGUUCGCGUUAUCGACAAUGACGAAACAUAUUCCAUUGACGAGUAUUUUUUCUCUUUCUUCAGUUUUGGGAAAGAAGCAAUCAAUGUACUCAAAGGACUCGUGGAAGAUGUUGCCAGUCGGCAUUCGGGUGAGAGUGAUCAGAACACCGCCCAUCGGGCUCUCGUUGGGGUCAAGUCCGACUCAGCGUCUGAUAAUCAAAACCCUUGUACCAGUGAACCCAGGUCACCAAAAGUACAUGAACAUGUCAAAGCAACUUUAUCUCUUCGGUCAUCUCGGCCUCAUCAGGGUUCAAGCUCACGGCUGAGCGGUGACUUUUCACGCGAUACGUUUCAUAAAUCUGCACGUCGAAGCCUAGAGCUUGAUCAUUUAGGAAACGCCAAUCGCCCACGAAGAAGCCUUAGUGGCGGCCAAUCCCUUGGCAAGAGCCAGUAUGAUAGCACUACAUCGCAAGAAUAUCAUGAAUCAUCCGAUUCUUUUGUUCAGGCUAUGGAAGAUCACAAUAUGUCUGGCCUAGUGGCGUCGUCGAAUGAGGACCCCUCUGGCAGUCAGAUUCUCAAAGGGAGCGAGGUAUUUCAUAGACCUAUUAUUCGUUAUUCCAACCCCGCCUCACAACCCGGUCCGAUCCAGCAUUUAGACAAGGAUAUGAAAGAUGGGAGCCAGCCCGAAGUAUCCCAGCCGUUAGCUCAUGCUAUGACAACCGGACAUACAAACGAUUCUGUUCACGGAGAGCGACCUGAUAGAGCAACAACGCCAAGGCUUCAAAACCUAGCCAAGAUGGGUACCUACCCUCUACAGAGAGCUGGGAUUUUUGCAAACUAUCUGAAUCAGACAAGCCGUCGGAUGAGUAACUUGCUCGCUACAGAGUCAAUGGGGUAUGUGGAGAAAGUUUCGGGUAUGUGGAAAGGGGGCAGAAAACACUACCACGAAACCUCAGGUCUCAGGGCCGAUGACGCGGCUGAUGACGAGAACAACAGCAUUGAUGAGAAGCAUGCAACGGCAAUGGAACGUUUCCGCAGUCAUUUUGCUCUCCCUCAGACUGAGAAGCUCCAAGCUACAUACUUCGGGUUUCUCAUCCGUGUCUUGCCGCUUUACGGCAAAGUCUACAUCAGCGAUCGACAUUUCUGCUUCCGUAGUCUAUUGCCUGGCACCCGGACGAAACUCAUUCUUCCACUCAAAGAUAUUGAGACUGUUGAUAAAGAAAUGGGCUUCCGCUUUGGAUAUUCUGGCUUGGUGGUCGUAAUCCGUGGCCAUGAAGAGCUAUUCUUCGAGUUCAGUCAGGGUGAUGUCAGAGAUGAUUGCGCUGUGACCUUGUUACGGAAGCUCGAGGCGACACGUUACCUGCGCGAAGCCGGCCAACUCGACGAAGAUCAUCCAGAAGAAGAGGGUGGAGCAUUAGCCGAGCGUGACGCCCUCAACGAAGCGCGUCUACGGGAAGGUAAUGAGCAUGAACUAAAGAUGCCUCAAGAAGCUUCUGGUCUUUCAGAUUCUGCCACCAUACUAUUCGACGAUCCCAAAGCAUCCUUUCUCAACUUCAAGCCAGCCGAGUCCCUGAGAAUUACCUGCUUAACAAUUGGGUCGAGGGGCGAUGUACAGCCAUAUAUCGCACUGUGUAAGGGAUUAUUAGCUGAGGGUCAUAGACCUCGAAUCGCUACUCAUAUCGAAUUUCGGGAUUGGAUAGAAGGACAUGGUAUUGAGUUUGCGCCAGUCGCGGGUGAUCCAAGCGAACUGUUGCGCAUCUGCAUCGAGAACGGCACAUUUACGUGGGCCUUUCUGCGAGAAGCAAACACGAACUUCCGUGGCUGGCUUGAUGGAUUAUUGGCAUCUGCGUAUACCGCAUGCGAGGGUUCUGAUCUUCUGAUUGAAAGUCCUAGUGCCAUGGCAGGCAUUCAUAUCGCUGAGGCACUGAAUAUUCCGUAUUUUCGGGCUUUUACCAUGCCAUGGACACGCACGCGCGCCUAUCCUCAUGCAUUCAUCGUGCCUGAACACAAGAUGGGUGGUGCGUACAAUUAUAUAACGUACGUUAUGUUUGACAAUGUGUUUUGGAAGGCUACCGCGCACCAAAUCAACCGUUGGCGCAAUACUACGCUCGGGCUACCCAACACGAACUUAGAGAAACUGCAGCCGAACAAGGUGCCAUUUCUCUACAACUUCUCCCCCGCCGUAGUCGCUCCCCCACUGGAUUACAGUGAUUGGAUCCGUGUGACAGGUUAUUGGUUCUUGGACGAGGGCCUGGACUGGACGCCACCAGACGACCUAAGACAUUUCAUCGAAAAAGCUCGAAGCGAUGGUAAAAAGCUCGUUUAUGUCGGCUUCGGAUCAAUCAUAGUUCCCGACCCAGCUAAGAUGACGCAAGAUGUUAUUGACGCUGUUCUGAAAGCUGAUGUGCGGUGUAUCCUAUCGAAGGGGUGGUCAGACCGGCUAGACAAAGCACAGGCGUCGAUACCAGAGCAUGUGCUGCCACCAGAGAUAUUCCAAAUCAAAAGUGCGCCACAUGACUGGCUAUUCCGUCAGAUUGACGCAGCCGCUCACCACGGAGGAUCUGGAACCACGGGUGCCAGUCUUCGAGCGGGUAUCCCAACGAUCAUCCGACCCUUUUUCGGAGACCAAUUCUUCUUUGGAGGUCGGGUCGAGGACCUAGGAGUUGGUAUAUGUCUGAAGAAAUGGGGAGCCAACAGUUUCGCAAAGGCGCUUUGGGAAGCUACACAUAGUGAAAGGAUGAUUGUCAAAGCAAGGGUUUUAGGCGAGGCUAUCCGCAAGGAAGAUGGCGUUGGUGCAGCCAUACAAUCCAUUUACCGAGACCUUGAGUAUGCAAAGAGCCUUGUGGCUUCGAAGGCGGGAAAGAAUGCCGCCACAGCCGGUAACCCUGAUGAGAUAGUCAGCGAUGAUGAAUCAGAAGAAGAGAGUUGGACUUUCGUAGGAGGCGAUGAGAUUGAUCCCGAUUUAGUAGUGAAGAAAAGCGUGCUAGCAGAGAUGGAGGCCAACAUCCAUGCUAACGGGCUACUCGGAGUUAACGCGACCAGGACCCCAGCCACGGGUAGUCCCUAG